AUGGCAAAAAUGGAAGUUAUGAUUGCAAACCUUUGCAAGGAGUCUGAAGACAUGAAAAAAUUCAGGGAAGAAGUCAGAGGUAGUAUAAAGAGCCAAGGAGAGGUUCUUAAGAAUCUCGAAUCUCAGGUAGGACAUCUUUCACAGCAGACUCCGAAGUCCACUGAUAGUUUUCCAAGUGACACUGAGAAAAAUCUAAGAGGAAAACUGAAGAAGGUGAGAUGGGAAGAUUGUAAGGCAGUUACCCUUGCAAAUGAAGAAAACCUGGAAGAAGGUACCAACAAGCCAACGGAGCACAGCCAGGGAAUUUUCCAAAGUAAUUUGGAGAAAAAUGAACAAGGAACUGGAUCUGUACAAAGGAAGGAAUCAACAAGGAAGGAAGUUCCGAAACCUUAUGUGCCAAAGGCACCAUUUCCUCAGAGAUUCAAGGGAGAUGAAAAAGAAAAGUCAUAUUCAAGAUUUCUAGACAUGUUUUCAUCUCUCAGUGUCAACAUCCCCUUCAUCAAAAUUCUCCAACAGAUGCCUACAUACAUUAAGUGCAUGAAAGAGCUGCUGACCAAGAAAGGAACUGUAAAAGGGGGACAAACAGUGACAAUGAACAAGGAAUGUUGUGCCCUCAUCAAGAAGGACGUACUCAUAAAAAAAAAGAUCUAG